CUUGAUAAAUAUUAUCUGUGUUGUUUAUGUGGUAUAUAGGCACGUUCUCCAGCGGGAUGCUGUGUUUGUGCGUCGGCAAGCCAAGAUUCACGGUCAACGACACCUUCCAGUCCAGGGUAGGCGCGUUCUGCGUGAACUUCGUCGUGGCCGCUGCUCAGCUGUUCACGGUGCUUUUCUGUUUAGUCGGCUGGGGAUGGAGCAUAUGGUGGGGUGUGAUAAUGCUCAAGAUGGCCAAGAAAUAUCAGAAAGUCAAAAUAAUCGAUCAACCCGUCGAAGCGCCCGUUGCCGUCGACCACAACCACCAGAUCUGAAUAUUUGAUACAGACGUUAUAUUGUUGGAUCUUAUUGAUAUAUUGUCCUUUUGUAGCAUAAUUUAUUAUUAUAUUAUACGAAAAUUUUCAGUUUAAUACACAACAAUUAACGGAUUAUGAUAUUGUAUAUA